AUGUCUACAGUGCCAGAAGCUGAUGGCGUGCGGGAGCCGCCCCGCGACAGUCCGCUGAAGGAGCGUGCGGAGGCAAGCGGUACAAUGAACGACAUUUCCGCGAGUUCCUACGCAGCUGAUGCACGCAGGAUGCAGCUCUUUUCGCACCCCCACGUCGGCCAUCGAGAGCUCUCGAUUCACGCUGUUUCUACCCACGAGCUGCUCAAGCCCAAAGAGGAGCCUUCGUACAGCCUGGCUUCACCGGAACACUGUUCCGUCAGCCUCUCUCAUACAGUAAAGAGACCCGAGAGGCCCGGACCCUACAACCACUAUGAGCGAGUCAAUACUCCGGUGCUCACUCGAGUCAAAACUGUGCCGACCGUGGCUACGUCACUGCCAGAGACUAUAAGCAGUGCGGAGCCUAAACCGGAGCCGGCAUCAAGCUCGAGUUCAGGAAACUCAGAGAACUCGACACCCACAUCUGAGGCCACCAAACCUCCAUACUCUUAUGUGGCUCUAAUCACUAUGGCGAUACAAAACAGUGAGACCAAGAAGGCAACAUUGAGCGAAAUCUACGCUUACAUAACCAAGGAGUUUCCCUACUUCCAAAAGAACAAGAAGGGCUGGCAGAACUCCAUCCGACACAAUCUCAGUCUGAACGAAUGUUUCAUCAAGGUACCUCGUGAGGGCGGCGGCGAGCGUAAGGGAAAUUACUGGACGCUUGAUCCGCAAUGUGGGGACAUGUUCGAGAAUGGGAACUUUAGGCGGCGUCGCCGUAUGAAGAGGCCGUUCCGUGGGCCACCGUAC